UUUAAACAAACAAACAAACCAACCAACCAAAGUAUUAGAUGGAAAAAAAUAUGGGAAUUUAAUGUCAGUAGGAAAAAAAACAUGGGGAUUUAAUGUCAGUAGUUGUCAUUAUUAUGUGCAUAGUCCGUAAACAUUUUAGACAUAUUGUAUAAACAAGAAAAACAGCAGAAUGGGACCUUGAGCACCAAAAAAAAGUUCUUAGUUUUUAAAUUUGUUACAGUAAUGGUGGAGAUUAAAGAAUAUUACUUUUUUUUGUGGUGGUGGUGGUCAUAAAAUGUGACUGUCAAUGCUUAUAACUCAGUUGUGUAUUCAUAGAUGUAUUACUAGAACAUGUAGUUUUACAGUCAAUCCGAGACUAGAGUGCCAGGAGAUAAAGUCCACCAUGACAUUUCACAAAAAAUCAUUAAUGAGUAAACUUUAUGGUUCAGUUAAAUCUCUCUUAUCAGGAAUAGGGAUUUUAGAAUGACAGUUAGAAGGACAAAAUGCAUAAUUUCAUCCAUAUGAUCUUGUCACUAUGAUCAUAACAGUUAAUUCACACCCACUAUCCCACCACUCUCGUCACAGGCUUUAUUAGAGGAGGGUAGAGCUGGUUAGACAUUCAGAAGGUGCAGGGCUCUGACAUUCAAACAUUAUGCUUAAGGAGGUGUUGUUGGGUCUCCUCGCAGGGGCAGGGGUUUUUACUGUAGGGAUUCUGUUGGGACACUUCGCCAUUGACAAGGGCAGUUCAUUGCCAGACUGGGUCCGGGAUGCAUCUCGUGAUGUGGAUGAAAGUAUCAUUGAGAAAUUCCUUGCAGAAUUGGACACCAAUGAAAUUAAAGAGAACCUCAGGGAGCUGAGUAAGGUUCCCCACAUGGCCACCACACCUGGAGAUGAAGCAACUGUAGAUUUUAUGCUGAAGAGAUGGCAGGACCCCAAAACAGGCUUGGACAAUGCAUGGAGAGAGGAAUACAAGGUGUAUCUGUCAUUCCCUAACAAAACAAACCCCAACAAAGUCUCUGUUGUUGAUCCAGAAAACACAGUCCUGUUUACGGCAAGAGAGAAAGAGAAAGCAUACAAACCAGACCAGGAGGACCCAGAGGUGGUCCAGCCUUUCGCAGCAUAUUCCCCUGCAGGAAAUGUCAAGGGAAAACUUGUCUAUGCAAACCAAGGUAAAAUGAGUGACUAUGAGCUGUUAAACAAAACACUGAAUCUGACGGGAUGCAUCGCCAUCACCAGAUACGGAGGAGAAGGGAGAUCGAAAAAAGCUAUAAAUGCAGCCAAGUUCGGAAUUGUUGGGGUGCUGGUCUAUACUGAGCCAUAUGACAUUAAUGAUGGCCUGGUGUCAGAAAGUGAAACCUACCCUCACUCCUGGUAUCUGCCACCCUCUGGCGUCGAGCGAGGCUCAUACAACAUUGACUUUGGAGACUUGUUAACACCUUACCUAGCUGCAAAAGAUGAUACCUACAGAAGACCAAAAGAAGACAUAACGGGUAUUCCACCAAUUCCAGCACAGCCAAUAGGGUUUGAGGAUGCUGAAAUAUUAAUCUGUGAGCUUGAUGGGGACAAUGCCCCUGAUGAAUGGCAAGGCUCACUUAACUGCAUAUACAAACUUGGUGGGCCAGGGUUCAAACCCACGUCUUCCUUAAACAACAGCAAUGUACACUUGGACAUUUAUAACACAGAGAGGCUGGAAAAUUCAGCGAAUGUUAUGGGAGUAAUCCGAGGCAGUGUGGAGCCAGACAGGUAUGUCAUCUAUGGGAACCACAGGGACAGCUGGGUUCACGGAGCCAUCGACCCCAGCAGCGGCACAGCAGUGAUGCUAGAGAUCACCAGAGUGCUGGGGAAGAUGGUGAAGGAAGGGAAAUGGCGACCUCGGCGGUCCAUUAUCUUUGGCAGUUGGGGAGCUGAAGAAUUUGGCCUUAUUGGAUCUGCAGAAUACACAGAGGAGUACUUCAGUAAGCUGAGUGAACGCACUGUGGCGUACAUCAACGUGGACAUCUCAGUGUUUGCGAAUGCCACUCUAAAGGCUUCUGCUUCUCCAGCAGCACAGAGUGUGCUUUUUACUGCCUCCAAACAGGUAAAUGCACCUGGAACAACCAAAUCAGUCUAUGAUAACUGGAUACAAUAUUACAACAGAACCAGUCCAAAUUAUGGGAUUAUACCAAAUGUGGGCUUCUUGACAGGAGCAGGAAGUGAUUACGCUGCUUUUAUACACUACCUUGGAAUAACUUCUAUGGACAUUUCCUAUUAUUAUGACGGGAGCAAAACAAGAGCGCGCAUCUACCCAGCCUACCACACCGCUUAUGACACCUUUGACUAUGCAUCUACGUACAUUGAUCCAGGUUUCACAAGUCACCAGGCAGUUGCCAGGACAGCUGGGAAUGUGCUGGUGCGAUUGGCUGACAGUCUUCUGUUGCCUUUUAACUGCAGUGACUAUGCAGAAAGUCUGGAGCAGUACCUCAGUCAGGCGGUUACAGCCUUUGAGGAAAAACUUGCAGCUAAUGGAAUCUCUAUGGGCCUCUGAAGGCUCGCAGAAUUAACGACCAGCUCAUGCUGCUGGACAGGGCUUUUCUUGACCCAUUAGCGUUCCCAGAAAAAUAUGCUUUCAGGCACGUGAUAUGGGCGUCGAGGUCAUCGAGUGUGCCCACCUUCCCCGGCCUGGCAGAUGCAGUAGAGCAGGCUGAGAGCACCGGGCUGAAGAAAGACUGGGAUCAGGCUCAUAAACACUUAUCCAUCGUCACACAGGCCAUCGCAGGAGCUGCACACACACUGGAUGAUGUGAUUUAAUGCACGCUGAACUUCAGACUUUAACAUUUCCACAAAGAGAGGGAGAAAUAUUUACUGUUUUUGCCAAAUAAAAUUCCUAGACAUUUUAAAUUGAAUAUUUUUUCUGCUGUCAGAGAGUGUACAGAUGUAAAAAAUCAUGUACAAAUGUAAAAGAAUUCUAAACUACCACUCCCAGCAGAUUCCUAGUGCACUAUUAAACAAAAACCUGUUUUCUGAUAAAAAAUCGUUUGACAAGUUGUUUGUAGUAAAAACAUAAUUUGCCUGCAAUGAAGACUGAAAUUUAUUAAAGGGAUAGUUCACCAAAAAAUUUAAAUUCUGUCAUCAUUUACUCACCCACAUGAUAUCAAGAUCUGUAUGACUUAAUUUCUUCUGUGGAACAUGAAAGAACAUUUUCAACAACUUUUUUUAUCUGUACACUGAAUGUCAAUGGUGUCCAAAACAACAACAGAAUUGUGUUUUUUUUGUUUUUUUUUUGCACUAUCCCUUUAAAUUAGGAGGAAAAGAAAAAAGCACACAGAAUGCACUGUUUUCAGGCAUGAUUUAUUGAAAACACACCAAAGUGAUACUCUACAAACCUGGAUUUUUCUUUAACAAGAGCAAUUCUCUCUUCUGGGUAUUAGUAAAAUUAACAAUACAUUCGGUCACUGUGGCAUUGUUCUUGAGUGCUAGGAAAGCAUUAACAACUAUAUAAUCAAACCCUUUUAAUGUCUCUAUCUUUUAAAAGUUUAUAAUACAAUGUAAUACAAGGCAAAAACCCACCACCAGUCUAGACUACAUUGAGAACACAGAGUGAGUGAAAGUGGGAGGAGCCAGAGAGAGGAGGUGUGUGUGUGUGUUUGUAUGUAAAAGAGACAGAGAUAGAGAGAGAGAGAGAGAGAAAGAGCAGUUAGGGACCAAUAAAACAUAUAAAACACACUUAUCAUUUUUUAUCUAACAUGGAAAAAGGUUAAGGCACAUGAUAGUUACAAACACAUUUGCUACCAAGUUGUACACAUACUGAAUUUUGAUGCUCUGAAUUAAUGAUAUCUACAAUAGUAUCCAUUUCAACAUCUUUUUUUUUUUUCUAGAAAUAUACAAUCUGAUGCAAAUUCACACUCCGGGAACCUCUCGUACUACACGGUACCAAAAUCCUUUGGUUGUAUUCUGCAAAAAGGCAGUCAGGAACAGACAGUCAAAUAUUAAUAAUGAACAUACACAAGGCUAAAGAUCUCGAUGUGAAUGUACACAACAUUUCAUCUUCAAAAGUGAAAAUUAUUACAGUUAUUUUGUUAUUAGGAGUCUCUGUUAAAACACUAUGAAAAAAAAUCCUUGCUAUAGAGAGUUAUAUAGAGUCACAUGACAGAAAUCAGAUGAUAAAGCAGACGCGUGUUGCUUGCCUCACAUUACAUGGAAACAGCCUGGAAUAAAAACAAAAUUUUUCAUCCUACUUGGUAUGUCAGUGUUUGUCCGUUUUUAUGUAUUUAUAUAAAAAAAAAAUAAUAA